AUGGAUCGAUCCUUGGAGCUCUCUGAGCGGUACUACUCCACGGAUGAUCCCCUCGAUCGUGUAAUGCGGCCUGACCCGCAUGAGACGCCUGAAGAGCGAUCUGCACGGCUCAUGGCCGAGUUUGAAGCCAAGCAGAGGAGCGAUGCCAUCGAUGAGUCGUUGAGGCAGGAAAAACUGGCAGCAAAGAAGAAUAAGGAGGUUAAGAUAUUACUCCUCGGACAGUCAGAAUCCGGCAAAUCCACAACUUUGAAGCAAUUUCAGCUUCUGUGGGAUCCUAACCUCCUCGAUGCUGAACGAUUAUACUGGCGGCCAGUGAUCUUUCUCAAUCUUGUUGUUUCGAUCCGCCGCAUCCUUGAGUGUUUGUCACCAAGACUAGAGUCGGAGGAAGGAAGGGACGGACGACCUGGAACCGGUAAUAGCACCGUUUCCGACGAAGAGACCUAUUCCCGGUAUGCUGAACUUAAGCUCAAAUUGUCGCCUAUGCUGCAGCUUGAGGGCGUCCUUCUGAAUGAGUUGGGAGCUCCCGCCGAGUUCGACACCCUGAACGCAUAUGAUCGUCCUUCAAGCCUUCCUGGUGCAUCCUCUCGUAAACGCGAUAUUCUCGUCCACCUCGAAUGGCAGCAGCGUCUCGCGAAGAGCAAAGCUACCCGUGGAAGCCGAGCGGCAGGCCUAGCUGAUCGCAUGGCGUUCGCUGACCCUGGUGAUGCUGGCACCAUUAUUACCGCGUGUCGGCCAGAGCUGCAGCGAUUAUGGGACGAUCAGUUUGUGCAUGCCGCGAUGGCCCGACGGAAACUGCGACUCGAAGAGAGCUCAGGCUUCUUCGUGAACGAUCUCAAUCGUAUUGCCCGAUACGACUACAUACCGACUGAUGAGGAUAUUCUUCGUGCUCGGGUUCGUACGCUGGGGAUAUCUGAGCAUCGAUUCACACCACCAACCACGGAGCGCGAGGUUACCGAAUGGGUCAUUUAUGAUGUUGGCGGCACGCGAAGCCAGCGACCCAAAUGGGUGUCGUACUUUGAAGAUGCGCAAGCCAUCAUCUUCCUGGCUCCAAUCUCCGCUUUUGAUCAGAAUCUUGCUGAAGACCGCAAAGUGAACCGGCUGGCCGAUUCGCUGCAACUUUUCGAGAGCAUUUGCAAACAGGAACUGCUCAAAAGUGCAAGCAUUAUUCUUUUCCUCAACAAGGCCGACCUCCUCAAAGCGAAGCUGCACGCCGGUGUGAAAUUCAACAAAUGGAUUGAACGGUAUGGAGAUAGGCCUAAUGAGUUUGAGGCGGUGGCAAAUUAUUUGAAAGGAAAAUUUGUCGAGCUUUACAAGUUUCACCGCACUAAGCUUUCCCCAAGGGACUCGCACGAGUUAUACGUUCAUUUAACCUCGGUAACUGAUAUCCGAACAACGCACGCCAUAUUCCGAGAUGUCAAAGACACGAUCGUUCGGGACUACCUUCGCAGCUCUAAAAUGAUUUAAUGAACAACACUUUGUAUG